UUUCCAUUACAGGAAUGACCGAAUGAAGAAAGGGUUGAAGAUUAGAACUGCAGACCUCUGCUAGAUCCCUGAUCCUCUCUCUCUCCUCUCCCGAGUAAUAUCGGCCAACCCCAUUUUGAUCCCAGAACGGUUUCGACAAAUAACGAGAUUUCGUUUUGUAAAGUAGAUAUAUCGGACCCUUAAUUAUUCUUUCCCCCACAAUCGAUCAAUCCAACCGAGUUCUUAGACACGAUUUGAUUCCAACAAAUUCUCAUUAUUGCCUAUCUUGAUCGAUAGGUAAAUAGUUCAUUCUUAUAAACAUGUCCAAGUGUUUCUGUUCUAGGGUUUUCGAUCUCAAUUCAGGUAUCGGCUUCCUUGAUGCUUCUUAUUUUCUUCUAUUGGUUUCCGAUCCCACUUCGGGUAUCGGCUUCCUUGAUGCUUCUCAUUUUCUUCCAUUGCUCACUCCCAGAGUUUCUUAGCAGGUUUGUGGAAGUCGCGAUUCACUCCUGCUAAGACUGUUUUUUAUCUUGCAAUCGGUUUUUCCAAUUUGAGGCUGAUCGCUGUGUAAUGCAAUCUAAGAAGAGGAAGAACCUAAAACGUGUUCGAUCAUUCCCCUCCGACAUGCCUUUAACUGAUAAUACCGCUGCUCAAACACAUGACGAUUGCUUCCUUUUCCCAGUAGAAGAGAUUGUCCAGUAUCCGCUGCCUGGCUAUGUCGCUCCUUCUUCCAUCAGUUUCAGUCCCGAUGAUAGUUUGAUCACUUAUUUGUUCAGUCCAGAUGGCACUUUGAAUAGGAAAGUUUUUGCUUUCGAUCUCGGGACCUGUAAACAAGAACUGGUUUUUAGUCCUCCCGAUGGAGGGCUCGACGAGAGCAACAUAUCCCCAGAAGAGAGGCUGAGGAGGGAGAGGCUAAGAGAGCGCGGAUUGGGGGUCACACGAUACGAAUGGGUCAAGUCUAGAUCCAAAAAGAAAAUGCUUAUGGUGCCUUUGCCUGCUGGGAUUUAUUUGCAGGAUCUUUCCUGUUCUAAAUCAGAGUUUAAGCUGCCUAGCACACCAUGCUCGCCGAUCAUAGAUCCACAUCUCUCUCCAGAUGGAAAUAUGCUUGCCUAUGUAAGAGACAAUGAGCUGCAUGUUUUGAAUUUGUUAUACAGCGAACCCAAACAAUUAACAUAUGGUGCCAAGGAAAAUUUCCUGACUCGUGGUCUUGCGGAAUAUAUAGCCCAGGAAGAGAUGGAUAGAAAGAAUGGAUUCUGGUGGUCACCGGACAGCAAAUAUAUUGCAUUUGCAGAAGUUGAUUCAUCUGAAAUACCUCUUUUCAGAAUCAUGCAUCAGGGAAAAAUCUCGGUUGGUUCAGAUGCACAGGAAGAUCAUGCCUAUCCAUUUGCAGGAACAUCAAAUGUCAAAGUUCGGCUUGGAGUGGUUUCUGUUUCUGGGGGUGCCGUUACUUGGAUGGACCUUAUUUGUGGAGGAAAGGACCGGGCUAUCAAAGAUGAAGAAUAUUUGGCUAGAGUUAAUUGGAUGCCUGGAAAUGUUCUAACAGCUCAGGUUUUAAAUAGGUCUCAUUCCAGAUUGAAAAUCCUUAAGUUUGAUAUUAGAACAGGUGAAAGAAAUAUUUUAUUGGUAGAAGAAGGAGAGCCGUGGAUUAAUUUACAUGACUGUUUUACACCUCUGGACAAGGGAGUGGAUCUAUUUUCUGGGGGAUUCAUAUGGGCUAGUGAGAAAACAGGAUUUAGGCAUCUGUAUCUACAUGACCUUAAUGGAGCUUGCUUGGGACCUAUUACGGAGGGUCAGUGGAUGGUUGAGCAAAUUGUAGGUGUGAAUGAAGCUGCAGGACUUAUAUAUUUCAUUGGAACUGCCAAUGGACCUCUGGAAUCUAAUUUAUACUGCACAUGCUUGUUUCCUGAUUGGGCCCACCCCUUGGAGGCUCCACAAAGGUUGACCCAUGGAAAAGGGAAGCAUGUGGUUAUGCUCGAUCAUCAAUUACAGAGGUUUGUUGAUGUUCAUGAUUGUUUGAGCUCUCCACCUAGGGUGUUACUUUGCUCAUUGCAUGAUGGAAGAUUGAUAUUGCCUCUAUAUGAGCAGCCAUCCACCAUUUCACAAUCAAAAAGUCUUCCACUUCAGCCACCAGAGAUUUUCCAGAUAACUGCCAAUGAUGGGACAAUCUUAUAUGGGGCUUUAUACAGGCCGGAUGUAAAUAGAUUUGGACCUCCACCAUACAAAACCUUGAUCAGUAUGUAUGGUGGACCAUGUGUUCAGCUUGUCUGUGACUCAUGGAUGAAUACAGUAGACAUGAGAGCUCAGUAUCUACGGAACAAGGGCAUCUUAGUAUGGAAGCUAGAUAAUAGAGGAACUGCUAGACGAGGAAUGAAGUUUGAGAGCUACCUCAAGUACAAUAUUGGCCGUAUUGAUGCCGAAGAUCAGCUAACUGGGGCUGAAUGGCUCAUCAAACAAGGGCUUGCAGAAGCAGGGCGGAUUGGUUUGUAUGGGUGGAGCUAUGGAGGGUACCUAGCAGCCAUGACCUUGGCCAGGUUCCCUGAUACUUUCCGAUGUGCAGUGUCUGGUGCUCCUGUUACAGCAUGGGAUGGGUAUGAUACAUUUUACACUGAGAAGUACAUGGGGUUGCCGUCCGAAAACCCUGCAGGUUAUGAGUAUAGCUCUGUGAUGCAUCACGUACACAACAUCAAAGGGAGAUUGUUAAUUGUGCAUGGCAUGAUUGAUGAGAAUGUACAUUUCCGGCACACAGCAAGGCUCAUCAAUGCAAUUGUUGCGGUGGGAAAACCAUAUGAGCUUCUGGUUUUUCCAGAUGAGCGUCACAUGCCACGCAGGCUUAGGGACCGGAUAUAUAUGGAAGAGAGGAUUUGGGAAUUCAUGGAGAGAAAUUUGUGAAGAAAAUUUUUAGUUUCCAUCUUUUUUUGGCCAAAAACUUCCAUUAAUUUUUAUGCUGCUGUUGUAAAUUGUAUGUAUCAUAUCUCCACGAGUAGUAAAUGUUGGGAUGAACACGGUGGUGGGGCUUGUCUCUAACUCUCUAUUGUGAAAGCCGCAUUCUUUUAACCCUGUCAAUGUUUUUAUUUGUUA